AUGCGGGCAUGGCGGGCGGCGCUGGCGCUCGGCGCCGCAGCGGUGCCCAGGGAGUCGCCGUGGUUCGACCCGGAGGUGCACGUGCCAGACAUGUCGGAGUCCGAGAUGCAGCUCUGUGGCGGCGGCGGGUGCCACGACGCCGAGAUUCUGGCCUUCGACUUCCAGGAGGCGGCCUGGAUCGCCACGAUGCCCCGGGAGGAGCUCCUCGGCGCGCUCGAGCUGUGCCCAGGCCUCGUCACCUCCUUUGCCUUCUCGGCUCCGGAGCCGCGGGACGCGCUGGACACGGCCAAGUCAUACAUUCGAAGGAGAAAGAUGGCUGUACGUCAGCGACCCGGACGAGUUCGGCGCGCUCACCGACAUUCGCGUGUGGCCCGUGCUGGCCGGCCAGGCCCGGGCGCAGGCCGCGCGGGACGGGGCGCGGGCGCCGCGCCGGGCGCCGCCGCCGUCGGUGGACCUCGUGGUGGCCCGCUGCAGCACCACGCUGCGGUGGCUGUGGUCGCUGCCGCUGCCGCCGCGGACGAGGAUCUCAGGAGGAGGAUCGUCGUGUACAGCAAGUGCGACCGCCCUGCGGACGAGCUUCAGAAGCAGCUCGCGGGGCUGGCCGGCAAGGUCGAGGAGGUGGUCGAGGUGCCGCUGCGCGAUACGGGCGCCUACAUGACCGGGGAGUGCAGCGCCUACCUGCAGCAUAUCCUGGGCGCCCGCGGGGACCCGGCUGACUUCACCGUCUUCCUGCACGACGAUGCCCCAAGGCACCUGAAGCCAGGCUUCCUGUCGAUCGUGCUGCGCGCGCUGAGCCUGGGCACCUACGAGGUGCCGUUUCUCAACCUGGCCCACGAGCUGCUGUACCGCACCGUCUUCCGCCGCGAGCUGCCGCGGCGGCUGUCCACCUACUGCUGCGGCCACUUCGUCGCCAGCUCCGCACGGCUCCAGGCGGUUCCGCCCGCCGAGGCCCAGCGGCUGCUGGACGCCGUCACCUCGGGGGCGUACACCGCCCUGGCGGGGGGGCCGUGCGAGGUGGCCAACAUUCUCAGGGGAGAGCCGGGGAACUCCGAGGCGGACGAGCCGCCGCGGCGCUCCGAGGACGCCCGGCUGCCCCUCGCGCUGCGCUACGAGGGCGGUCGCGCGACGACCGUCCCCUCGCCGAUCCGCUUCGCGGCCUACCCGUCGCGGUUCGGCGGCCACUGGCUGGAUGCCUCUGAGCAGCACGACUGGGAUGUCUUGCUUGGCCCGAGGAAGCCAGAUUGGGCGUGUGGCUCUUGCACCCGCCUGCAUAACUGGGCGUCCAGGAUCAAGUGUGAGUGCGGGCGCUCGGCACCCGCACAUAUUCGAGCGCGAGACUUCACUGCCCACAAGGUUGCCAUGCAGCAGCUGGAGCGGAGUGGAGGCAAAGACAAUGGAAAAGGAAAAGGACGUGUUCAACCGAACGAUAAAGGCGGUGGCAAGGGCGAUAAGCUCAGUGCGAUGGAGAAGAAGCUGGACUCCCUUAUGGCAUCGCUCUCGAAGAGUACCACUUCGACUAUGGAGCCCCCUCCGACACCUCCAUGGCAGCGUGAGGCACAGGAUCGGGCGAGCAAAACUGCUGAGGCUGAACCAGACACUGAUGAAGGACGACGAGCUAAAGUUGCCGUUCAAGUUCAAGAGCUGGAGGCCUCUAUCAAGACGAUGGGAGCGCAUGAGGAGUUCAAAGAUAUACGGUGCAGCAUGGAGACCAAGCUCUCGACGCUGCGCACACAGCAGAAGCAGAUGCGGCCACCUCAGACAGCACACCGUCGUGCUGCACAGGAUCUCAGCAAAGCGAAGGCUGCGAUCGCAACGAUGUCGAAGGAUUUGGCCGACAAGAAAGAUCAGUAUGAGAAGCUGCGCGUUUCGAUCGUGGAGCGCGAGCAGACGUUGGAGGCGAAGGUGCAGCUGGCGGUCUUGCAGACGGAGUUUGACAGGGCGGCUGCGCUGGCGUCGCCGAAAAAGGAGAAUGCCGAUGGAGAGUGCAAGCCCGUCCCUGGCUCAGUGCUGCUUCGCGACAUCGACAACUUCAAGAAGGAGAACCCUGAGGCCGAGGACUUCCUGGCAAGUCCGCUCUGGGAGAAGUUGCAGGCUCACAUCCGCGUUAUGCCGAAGGAGACUGUCCCUGAUGACAGCAUGGGUGAUUCAACUGGUGAUGAUGCUGCAUGGACUAGUGCAGGUGGUGGCGCACCCUCUGACAAUGGUGCUGCGGCAGCAGGAGCUGUUGGCGCAGAUGCAGGGCGAGCCAAACGUAACAAUGAGCUCAGCGAGUUGUCCAGCGAGGAGCGGCUUAGCCUUUGGUCCAGCUGCUCAAGUUUCGAGGACUUCACUGCCAAGCUGGAGGAGCUCUACGUUGCGAAGACAGCGCGGCAUGGGUGA